AUGUCUGAAAAACCUGCACCUCAAACUGCCCCAAGCACAGCCUAUAACGGUUAUCCGCAGACUCGAUUGCCAUAUUCAGGGACUGGCUAUUCGCACUUCAACGGAGGCAUGAACUUGUCCAACCCCAACCCCAACCCGCUGGCCAAUAUGCAGAACCUCAAAGCUACUCUUCCUGCCUCAGGCCAUGUCGAGAGUGACUUGGGUGCAGUCAACCGUCACGGAUACAACAGCCCUCUCAUGGUUCUACCAUCCGGUCAAACAGUUCCACUUACCAACUUCUAUGGUCAAAAUCAGAAUACAACUGGUGAUGCCGGUCCUCAACUCCCUUACAUUCCAACUGGGAUGUUUCCCAAUUUCGUCGGAAACACGAACAUGAGCGGUGCUGCUAUGCCGGCUUAUGGCUGGCCCUAUACGUUGUCGUCGAAUGUCACCGGACUUGAUGCUGCUCGUCGAGGCUCAUGGUCUUCCAAUGAAGAGAAUGCCCCAGCCAACCAGGCUGUCGCUCUCCAAGGCCAAUCAGAAUACUAUGCAGGCUUCCCUUACAUGCCAACUGCCGCAACCAGUCAACACUACAUUCCGGGUCCCAUCCAGCCCAUGAAAUGUCAGGACAACAAGUCGUACGAGAUGGUCAACCUCGACGAGUUAGUCUCACGUGAUCCACCAAUCCCCCGUGCUGUUCCAGCCCUUUGGACCAACCAGGAGGACUUGAGCCUUGCCAAAUGUCUUCAGAACCCAGAAGGGAUCACAAACGUCUACAUCCGAGGCUUUAUGCCUGACACCACCGACGAGGAUCUCGAAAGCUGGGCUUCUCGCUUUGGCGAAAUUGAAUCGUGCAAGGCUAUUAUCGAACAAGACACUGGAAAGUGCAAAGGCUUUGGAUUUGUCAUGUACUACUCCCCAGCUGCCGCCGAGAACUGCAUCAGAGGGUUCUUCCAUCUCGGCUUCCAAGCGAGCUAUGCUCAAAAAUCUCGGAACUCCCGUCUCAAAGACCUCGAAGACAGAAACUCGACCAACAUCUACUGCACAGGGGUCCCAAUUGACUGGAACGAAUCGGACCUUGCGAAACAUUUCUUGCCUUAUCAUGCCGUGUCAACCAAGAUUUGCCGUGAUGUCCCGUCGGGGGUUAGCAAAGAGGUCGGGUUUGCAAGAUUCGAGACUCGGGAGAUUGCGGAGCGCGUCAUAAAAGACUUUCACUCUGUCCUGAACGAACAUGAUGGUGUCAAGCUCUUCCUCCGCUUUGCCGAUACCAAAGCUCAGAAGCAGCUCAAACAGCAAAGUCAGGAACGCCGCAACUGGCGCAGCCGGGAAUACAGUUACUCAGUCGAGCACACCCCAUCUCCAACCUUGACUCGACUCCAGAACAUGAACACCCACAUCAGUCCCAAUGGAAGCUACCAGUCACCUGCUGGAACUAGCAAUGCUUUCACCCCAGCGACGUCAGUCUCUCCGGCUGAAAUGCCUGCUGUCAACAAGGGUGUGAAUGCGGUCCGCAGCUCGGCGUGGCCAAUGCAGGGUGGCCUUCAGUCCAUCACCAACACCACCACUAUCGCAGCCAACGCCCCAACUACGCCAGCUUCUCAUCCAUACAUCGAAAUACCGCCGAAGGCUGCUGCUAUGGUUGCGAUCGUCCCUGAUGUGCGCGAUGCCGUCAGGAAGACCCGAACACCGAGCCCGAAGAAGGUCAUCAUCCAAGUGGAACCAGCCAGCGGCAAGGAGAACGUCACCGGUACCUCGCAGUCCGCCAACUGA